AUGGGAAAACGAAAGACUCGAAAACCUCCACCAAAGAAAGUCCAACCCAAGUUGCCCACAUCGUUCGAUUGUCCUUUCUGCAAUCAUGAAGGAACAGUCGAAUGCGUGAUUGAUAGAAAACAAAGCACCGGAAAGUUAACCUGUAGAAUUUGCGGAGCACAAUAUCAAACAAAUAUCACUUACAUCAUGUCUGCCAUUGAUGUAUAUAGCGAGUGGAUUGAUGAAUGUGAGAAGGUAAACUCAGCAAAUUAUAACGAAGAAGAGGAAGAGGAUACAUUGAAUCAACCAACACAAGAACAAGUAAAUUAUCAUCAACAACAACAACCACAUCACCGAUUGAGCCAUCACCAACAACAACAGCAUGAAGAGGAUGAAGAGGAUGAAGAUGAUGGAAGCGGAGGACCAACACAAGGUUUACAUCACCAAUAUCACUCUGGAAUGUAUCAUCGAGGGGUUGGCGGAUAUUAA